AUGAAGUUUAACGGUGGCGGCCCCACUAGAGGUCGUCGUUUGCCAGAGAUCGUAGUGGCAUUGGCCAUAUUGGUUGUUGCAAAUGUAGUGUCUGCAGACCCUUAUGUAUAUUCUUCUCCACCUCCUCCGACGUACGAGUACAAGUCACCACCACCUCCUUUGCCUUCUCCCCCACCACCUUAUGUGUACAAAUCACCACCUCCUCCUUCACCAUCUCCGCCACCACCAUAUGUAUAUAAGUCUCCACCACCUCCAUCGCCCUCUGCUCCGCCAACUUACUACUACAAAUCACCUCCUCCACCAUCACCGUCACCACCUCCAGUUGAAAAUGGUACAGAUACACAUGAAUUUUUACCUGAACUAUGCAACAUGCGAAUAGAUGGUGAAAGCUCAGGUAGAUAA